AUGUAUGAGAGGUUAGGUCUAGGAGAGUUGUCACCUACACGCAUGUCUUUGUCGCUAGCCGAUAGGUCCGUCAAGUAUCCACGAGGCAUUAUUGAAAACCUUCUAGUCAAAGUGGAUAAGUUCGUCUUCCCCGUAGACUUUGUCGUUCUUGACAUGGAAGCCGACGAAAAGGUUCCCAUCAUUCUAGGGCGUCCAUUCUUGUGUACCGCCAAGGCCAUCAUCGAUGUCUUUGACGGGAAAAUCACACUUCAAGUCGUUGAGAGUAGGAUUGAGGAAGUAGUUGAGAAGGUUGAAGAGGUUGCUAGUGAGAGUGAAGAGGUAGACGGGGACGAGUGGGUCCCCGAGGUGCUAGAAUUGAGUGAAAUAAAGAGUGAGAGUGAGAGUACACCUAUAGCGAAGCCCGCCCCUUUAGAACUCAAAGUCCUCCCGUCCCACUUAGAAUACGCUUUCCUAGGUGAGGGGUCCGAGUUUCCCAUCAUUAUUUCGUCUAAGCGCCUUAAUCCGAACAUGCAAGAGGUUGUUAAGAAAGAGGUUCUUAAGUUGUUAGAUGACGGGGUGAUUUACCCCAUUUCCGAUUCACCAUGGGUUAGCCCGACCCAAGUCGUCCCAAAGAAGGGUGGGAUGACGGUGAUCAUGAAUGAGAAGAAUGAGCUAAUCCCGUCCCGUACCGUUACCGGAUGGCGUGUGUGCAUAGACUACCGAAAGUUAAACGACGCCACCCGGAAAGACCACUUCCCCUUACCGUUCAUUGACCAAAUGAUGCUUAAGAGGUGCAUAGAGACAAACCUUAUGUUGAAUUGGGAGAAGUGUCACUUUAUGGUGACGGAGGGGAUAGUGUUAGGACACAAGGUGUCAAGAGAGGGUAUAGAGGUGGAUAGGGCCAAGAUAGAUACCAUAAGUAGAUUGCCCCCACCUACUAGUGUUAAGUCCGUUAGGAGCUUUCUAGGUCAUGCGGGCUUUUAUAGGCGUUUUAUCAAAGAUUUUUCCAAAAUCACACGCCCGAUGACUAGGCUUUUAGAGAAGGAUGUACCUUUCGUCUUCGACGAAGAGUGCAUCAAGGCGUUUGACUUCUUGAAGGAAAAACUCGUGAGUGCCCCGAUACUUGUGUCGCCCGAUUGGAGCUUACCCUUUGAGCUCAUGUGUGAUGCAAGUGAUUAUGCCGUAGGGGCGGUCCUAGGUCAAAGAGUUGAUAAGCACUUUCAUCCAAUCUACUACGCGAGCAAAACUCUAAAUGAUGCUCAAGAGAACUAUACCACCACGGAAAAAGAACUCUUAGCCGUAGUGUUUGCGUUUGAUAAGUUUCGCUCGUAUCUUGUGCUUUCCAAAACCACCGUGUUCACCGAUCACUCCGCUUUGCGCUUUCUUUUCCAAAAGAAAGAUGCAAAGCCACGUCUUAUUAGAUGGAUUCUUUUGCUCUCCGAGUUCGAUAUAGAAAUUAAGGAUAAAAAGGGAGCGGAAAAUGUGGCCGCCGACCACUUGUCACGAUUAGAGGAUCCAAAGAGAGAGGAGGUUCGUGAGGAUUCCAUAGGAGAUACCUUUCCCCACGAAACCAUAGAUUUUGUUAGUGCUGGGGUAGAGGGUUUGCCAUGGUUCUCGGAUUUGGUAAAUUAUUUGGCAACCGGAGAUCUUGUGAGGGGUAUGUCGUACCAACAAAAGAAAAAGCUUCUUAGGGAGGCUAGGAAGUAUAUUUGGGAUGAUCCUUACCUCUUUAGGAUAGGAGGAGAUAGAGUGCUUAGGAGGUGUGUUUCAAAGGAGGAAGGUUUAGACAUCCUUAGACAUGUGCACGAGGGUUUAACGGGGGGCCAUCACGGAGCGAAUGUGACGGCACAAAAGGUUUUUGAUAGUGGGUUUUAUUGGCCAACGGCACUUGCACGCUACGGUGUCACUCAUCGUCUUUCCACCGCAUACUACCCGCAAACUAGUGGCCAAGUAGAGAAUGCUAACCGAGGGGUGAAGAGAAUCUUAGAGAAAACGGUAGGAAAAAGUAGAAAGGAUUGGUCGGAAAAGCUCGACGACGCUUUGUGGGCAUUCCGUACCGCCUAUAAGACACCGUUAGGCACAACCCCCUUUAUGAUCGUGUAUGGCAAAGCUUGCCAUCUUCCGGUAGAAUUAGAGCAUAGGGCAUUGUGGGCAUUGAAAACCGUAAACCUUGACCUUACCGAAGCCGCAAGGAGGAGAUUCUUCCAGAUUCAUGAGUUGGAAGCAUUGAGGGAUGCCGCUUAUGAAAGAUCAUGGAGUAUCAAGGAGAAAACAAAGGCAUUGCAUGAUCGGAGGUUGCGAGGUUUGAAGGAUUUUAAGGUAGGUGACAAGGUACUUUUGUUCAAUUCACGUUUGAAAUUAAUAGCAGGGAAAUUGAAAUCGAGAUGGAAUGGACCGUAUGUGGUGAAAGAAGUGUUUCCGUACGGCACGGUUGAGCUCUACGAUGAAGUAGAUAAGGGAGUUUGGAAAGUAAACUGUAGGUCCCCUUGA